ACCUCUUUGCGUCUCCUUUCUCUCUUGUCUCUCUGUAGCUCUAGCUGAGACGCAAGCGGGAGAAGCAAGAACCAACAAUGUCGAAAACCAAGUACGAUCGUCAACUCAGGAUUUGGGGAGAAGUAGGCCAAGCGGCUCUUGAAAACGCGAGCAUCUGUUUGCUCAAUUGUGGCCCAACUGGCUCAGAAGCUCUAAAGAAUCUCGUUCUUGGUGGAAUCGGAAGCAUCACCGUCGUUGACGGAUCCAAAGUUGAGAUUGGAGACCUUGGCAACAACUUCAUGGUGGAUGCGAAGAGUGUUGGUGAGUCAAAAGCCAAGUCUGUCUGUGCUUUUCUUCAGGAGCUUAAUGAUGCUGUGAAGGCCAACUUUGUUGAGGAGAAUCCGGAUUCUUUGAUAGUUACAGACCCGUCUUUCUUCUCUCAGUUCACUCUUGUUAUUGCUACUCAGCUUGUGGAAGACUCAAUGGUGAAGCUGGAUAGAAUCUGCCGAGAAGCAAAUGUCAUGCUGGUUUUUGCUCGCUCCUAUGGCCUUACUGGCCUUGUUCGUGUCAGUGUUAAGGAGCACACCAUUAUCGAUUCAAAGCCUGAUCAUUUUCUUGAUGACCUUCGCUUGAAUAAUCCCUGGCCUGAACUCAAGAGGUUUGUGGAGACCAUUGAUCUAAACACACCAGAUCCCAUCGCUCAUAAGCACAUUCCUUACGUGGUCAUUCUUGUUAAGAUGGCUGAUGAAUGGGCUAAAACCCAUAGCAACAACCUUCCCUCGACCAGGGAAGAGAAAAGGGAGUUUAAGGAUUUAGUUAAGUCCAAGAUGGUAUCGAUGGAUGAAGAUAACUACAAAGAAGCUGUUGAAGCCACUUUCAAAGUUUUUGCUCCUCGAGGAAUCAGCAAAGAGAUUCAAGAAAUUAUUCAUGAUCGUAGUGCUGAAGUUGACUCAAACUCCUCAGCUUUUUGGGUAAUGGUAGCAGCACUCAAGGAGUUUAUUUCAAAUGAAGGUGAUGGUGAGGCACCACUUGAAGGUUCCAUGCCCGAUAUGACAUCUUCCACAGAGCACUACAUCAACUUGCAGAAAAUCUACCAAACAAAAGCUGAAGCUGAUUUUUUAUCCAUGGAGCAAAGAGUGAAAGACAUCCUAGUUAAACUUGGUCUAGAUCCAAGUAGUAUCUCAAAACAAACUAUCAAGAGCUUUUGUAAGAAUGCAAGAAAACUUAAGGUAUGCAGAUAUCGUACGAUAGAGGAUGAGUUCAGCAAUCCCUCUGUAACAGAACUACAUAAGUGUUUGGCUAGUGAGGAUUACAGUAGCGCAAUUGGAUUUUAUAUUCUUCUUAGAGCUGUUGAUAGAUUUGCUGCGACCUAUAAUAAGUUUCCUGGACAUUUUGAUGGUGGAGAUAUAGAAGAGGACGCAUCUCUGUUACGAACUACUGCCCUGGGUCUUAUUAGCGAAAUGGGUUGUGACGGCUAUGAACUUCCGGAAGCACUUUGCAGUGAGAUGUGCAGAUUUGGCGCUGCAGAGCUUCAUGUGGUUGCUGCUUUCGUUGGAGGAAUCGCAUCUCAAGAAGCAAUCAAGCUCAUCACGAAGCAGUUUGUUCCAAUGUUGGGAACUUACGUUUUCAACGGCAUUGAUCACAAUUCUCAGUUAUUGACAUUAUAG